UCAACCCGUCGUUCCUCAGCACUACGGCCGCCUCCGACGCUUGCUGGCGGCUGCCCGUAGCUUCAAAUACCCGUAAAUCCCCUUGCGAGCAUUUGCGCUGUACCGGAAGCAUCAUCAAAGCUACCAACGAUCCAGACCCGCAUGCAGGAAGCCCGCGAUGGCAUCCAAAACCGCGGAAGGCCUCACGCCAGCGCAGCUCCAAUUCUUCGAGGACAAUGGGUACCUCCUCGUUCCAGACGCACUCUCGCCAGAUACAGUCCAGGAGCUACUAGCAAUCACCAACAAGAUGCUGAACGAGUUCUCGCUGGACGACCACCCGAUGACGAAGUUCUCCACAGGCGGCGAGGACGGCGCAGAUCACGUAGGCGAUAAGUACUUUCUCGAAUCUGGGAACAAAAUACGGUUCUUCUUCGAAGAAGACGCAUUCGAUAAGUCCGGCACCCUCACCAAGCCUAAGCACCGCGCUAUCAAUAAGAUAGGGCAUUAUCUGCAUGAACUAGAUCCUGCCUUCCGCAAAAUCUCCCUCUCCCCGCGAAACGCCGCCAUUGCACGCUCGCUCGGCUUCUGCGACCCCCGCGUUCUCCAGUCCAUGGUUAUAUGUAAACAGCCCGAAAUAGGCGGAGCAGUGCCACCACACCAGGAUAGCACCUUUUUAUAUACGGAUCCCCCGAGCGCGGUGGGGUGGUGGUAUGCGCUGGAAGACGCGACGCAGGAGAACGGCUGCCUAAGCUUCGCGGCAGGGAGCCACACGCGGGCCCCAAUCUCGAAGCGCUUCGUGCGAACGGGGAAGGAGGGCGCGGAGGGAACGGGUUUCAUCGACAACGAGGGUGCGAGGUAUCCGCGAGCAAUGCGGUCGGUACAAUAUGGUGGCACAGCGGACGGCAUGCCCAAGAGCCAUGCGCGCGUCGAUGUCGAAGCUGACGGAAAGACGCAAGACGAGGAGUAUACCAUGGGCGAGGUGAAAGCAGGUACGCUAGUGCUGAUUCAUGGGAAUAUUCUGCAUAAGAGUGAGAAGAAUGUUAGUGGGAAGAGUAGGUUUAUCUAUACCUUCCAUGUUAUUGAUGGGCAGGAGAAGUACGAUGAGAGGAACUGGUUGCAGCCGCCGGAACAGGGAUUCUCGAAGUUGUAUGGGGAGACCGAGGACAGCUUAUAGCAUAGCAUUGCUAGCAAUGACCAUUGGCCGUUUGUCAUAAGGGGUUGCUCGCUAGAGUUGGUGGGCUACGACUUGCUCUGCACGCAGAGUCCUAUUCCACCAAGCACGAGCACCAUGCCUAUCCAAGUAUCUCUGCUGAUCACUUUCUUCUCUGCCCACCAUUCUCCAAGCACCGUAAAUAGAAAAGCCAAUGAAUUCGUAAUCGGCACCGUGAGGCUCAAUUCAGCCUUUCCAAUCAAUAUAAAGAACCAAACACUCCCCGUCACAUUCAACAACAGUGGAACUGCAUAUGCUGGCCGGCUCAGUACCCCUAUCACCGCGUACCAC